AUGUCAGACGAAUGGAUAAGCCUCUUGGGAAAGAACAUUGAGCCAGUUUUGCUUCAAAGGUUUGGCUUGGACAUCAAUAGCGCAACAAAAGUGGUACUCAGAGACUGCGAAAUUUACAACUUCUACGAUGCCGGGGUCAGCUUCGUUAUAAUCAAUAAUAAAGUAGACAGUAUUGAUUUUUUCUUCAGGAACAAGUCGUUCAGACCAUGUCAAUUGGCUCUGCCUUAUGAACUCGAUUCGGGGUUUAGCGGAAAGUGUUUGCUGGAGGUAUUGGGAGAGCCAUCGGAAAAGGGUGGGGGCACUUCAUCAAACAUCAAUAUUUGGCUCAGGUGGAAAAAUCUACAGGUCGAGCUUGACGACAAGAGCUGGGAGACGGCUAAAGACGCAUUAAUGAAGUCGCUUACGAUAUUCAACUAA